AUGGGGGAUGGGGAAGAAAUCCCUAUCAGAAUCACCAAUGUAGAAUUGGCUAAGAUAGUCAAAGAGCAAAUGGCAGAGAGUAGGGCUAUCAGAGAGGAGAAUAGGGCAAUGAAGAGAGAGUUAGAUAAGUUGAAAGGCCAAGUAAGGAGGGGAGGCCAAGAAGAAUCAGAAGGAGAAGAAGAAGAGCAAGAUCCAGCCAGUCAAGCAAAUAUUCCGGAGGAUCAAAGGGCAAUGCUUGCAGCCCUAGAGAGGGUAGGAGUAAAGGAUAGGAAUGAUAUUCCUUUGUUCUAUGGUAAAUUGGAACCGGAAGAAUGCAUGGAUUGGAUAGAAGCUUUGGAGAAUUAUUUUGAGUGUGAGGUAGUACUUCCAAGCCAAAGGGUGAAGUUGGCAAAGUCCAAAUUGAAGGGGCCAGCCCUUAGUUGGUGGAAUUUUCUACAAAAUGAGAGAUUGGAAGAGGGAAAGGAGGUUAUUUCUACUUGGACCAGAAUGAAGGCAGAAUUAAAAAAACAGUUUGUACCGGAUGAUUAUGAAGUAACCCUUCAUAAGAAGCUUCAAAAUUUGAAGCAAAAAGAUCUUGAUGUGAGUACUUAUACUCAAGAAUUUCACAAUUUGACCUUGAAGGCCAAAAUGUUUGAAACUGAAAAACAAAAACUUGCAAGGUAUAUCAAUGGAUUGAAAUAUAGCAUCCAAGAUGAAUUGACAUUGGUUAGUGUGGAAUCAGUCCACAAAUGUUUUCAGCUUGCCCUCAAGAUUGAGGAAAAACAAAAAAGAAGAGGAGAACAAAGUAAGGGAAGAGGAACUUCUUUCCGUGGAAGAGGAAGAUUCCAUGGGAGAGGAACUUUUUCCAAGUUCCAAGGUGAAAGCAGCAAUCAACGUGCUGAUAAUGAUGCUGGUGGCAGAGGUACAUUCAGAGGAAGAGGGUCAAAUAAUGGCAGGGGCAGAUCCAGAGGAAGAGGCCCUAAUGUGUUCACCGGAAGAUGCUUCUCAUGCAACCAAGUUGGGCAUCAAUCCUUCAGAUGUCCACAAAAGAAUGACAGCAGCAAUCAAGGAGAUAGAAGGGUACAAUUGAUUCAAGAAGAGGAUUGCCAAAGCCAUUCAUCAUACCAUACAGCUUUAUCCAAGCAUGCUGAUCCAGUGCAAGGAGAAACUCUUAUGUUCAAUCGAUCGCUGUUGGUACCACUCAAUAAGGAGCCAGCACAAAGGAAAUCUCUAUUCCGGACUACUUGCAAAGCAAAAGGUAAAGUAUGCAAGGUAAUUGUUGAUUCCGGCUCUACUGAAAAUUUAGUUUCCUUGGAAAUGGUUACUAAGUUAAAUUUGAAAAGGCUACCACAUCCUACUCCCUAUAAAGUUUCCUGGUUGAAUAAGGAGCAGCAAACUAUUGUGAAUGAACAAUGCUUAGUAGAAUUUGAAAUUGGAAGACCAUGGCAAUAUGAUACUAAUGCCCAGCAUGAUGGGAAAACCAAUGUGUUCAAUAUAACUAAGGAUGGAGAAAAUUUCAUAAUGACACCUUUACCGGAUGUUGUAAAUAAUUCAAUCUUACAAAGUAGUGUUAUGGUUGUCAAAGAAAAAGAGUUUUUAGAAGGUCUUAAGGAAGAGAAUUCUCCAUGCUUUGCUGUUGUAAUCAGACCUAAGGAAACUAAUUGUGAGGGCAGGGAAUUGAAUUUAGAAACCAAGGAAAGUACUUGUCCUAAGGUUGUAUGUGAUUUGCUGAAUAAGUAUGAUGGUAUUAUUGCUGAUAGUGCUCAUGAGUUGCUUCCACCAAAGAGGUCAAUCAGCCAUUGUAUUGAUUUGAUUCCGGGUGCUACAUUACCAAAUAAAGCAGCCUAUAAACUAACCCCCGAACAAAAUGCUGAAGUUGCACGGCAAAUCCAAGGAUUGUUAGAAAAGGGUUACAUACGGAAAAGUAUUAGCCCAUGUGCUGUUCCAGCAGUCCUUGCUCCAAAAAAAGAAGGAACUUGGAGGUUGUGUACAGAUUCUCGUGCCAUUAAUAAGAUUACUAUUAGAUACCGAUUUCCUAUGCCUCGGAUAGAGGAUCUCAUGGACUGUUUAGGUGGUGCUAAAUACUUUUCAAAGAUUGAUCUUAAAAGUGGUUAUCAUCAGAUCCGGAUACAAGAAGGGGACGAAUGGAAAACCGCUUUCAAAACUAAUGAGGGUUUGUUUGAAUGGAUAGUUAUGCCUUUUGGUUUAUCCAAUGCUCCUAGUACUUUCAUGUGUUUAAUGAAUGAAGUGCUGAAACCUUUUCUUCAUCAAUUUGUUGUUGUAUAUUUGGAUGAUAUUCUGAUUUUUAGUGGCAGCAAAGAGGAGCAUUUACAGCAUUUGGAUCAGGUCUUGAGGAAGCUUCAUGAAGAAGGCUUGAGGAUAAACUUAGAGAAGUGUUCCUUCCUGCAAGAAGAACUUGUGUUCUUGGGUUUUGUAAUUUCAACAGGCAGUCUGAAAAUGGAUCCUUCAAAAGUAGAAGCCAUCCUAAAUUGGCCAGCACCUACUACAGCCACGGAGGUAAAAAGUUUUCAUGGUUUAUGCAGCUUCUAUAGAAAGUUUAUUAGAAACUUUAGUGGUAUUUGUGCUCCACUUAUGGAUACUAUUAAAGGUGGCAGAAAAUGUGUUUUCCAAUGGACUAAAGAGGCCAAUGAAUCUUUUGAAUUGCUGAAAAGGAAAAUAUCAGAACAGCCAGUACUUGUUUUACCGGAUUUUUAUAAGGUUUUUGUUGUUGAAUGUGAUGCUAGCAAUAAGGCUAUUGGUGGGGUUCUUAGUCAAGAUGGUAGACCCGUAGCCUUCUUUAGUGAGAAAUUAAAUGAAGCAAAACAAAAAUAUUCUACUUAUGAUCAUGAACUUUAUGCUAUGGUUCAGUCGUUACGAAAAUGGAGGCAUUAUCUUUUACCAAAAGAGUUUAUUGUUUUUACGGAUAACCAUGCACUCAGUUUUCUGAAUAGACAAGAGAAACUUAACCAUAGACAUGUCAAGUGGAUGGAGUUUUUGCAGGCCUAUACUUUCAGCAUUAAACAUAAGAAAGGGGUCACUAAUAAGGUGGCGGAUGCUUUGAGUAGAAGGACACUUGCCAUUCAGUCUAUGCAAUUGGAAAGUGCUGGUUUAGAGGCUAUGGCAUCCAUGUAUGCUACGGAUGAAGAUUUCAAGGAAAUUUAUCAGGUUUGUUUGGAUAUGACAGCAAGGUAUCAUACUGAUUUUUCUGAUUAUUUGAUUCAGAAUGGGUUACUUUUCAAAGGUCAUUCCUCUAAUGCUAGUCUUUACACACCUUUGCCCAUUCCUUCUAAACCAUGGGAUUCAGUUAGUAUGGAUUUUGUGCUCGGUUUGCCUAAAACCAAGUCCGGUUAUGACAGCAUAUUUGUGGUUGUGGAUCGGUUUUCGAAAAUGGCUCAUUUUAUUCCAUGUAAGACUACUCAUGAUGCAUCUCAUGUUGCUGGUUUGUUCUUUAAAGAAGUCGUUCGUUUGCAUGGUUUACCUUUGUCAAUCAUAUCUGAUAGAGAUCCUAAGUUCCUGGGUCAUUUUUGGAGAACUUUGUGGAAGAAGUUGGGAACUAAUGUUUGUUUAUCUUCAGCAUAUCACCCUCAAUCUGAUGGGCAAACAAAGGUUAUUAAUCGGUCACUUGGUAAUCUUUUGCGGUGCUUGACACAAGAACAUGGUGCUAGUUGGGAUUCUAUUUUGACUCAGGCUGAGUUUUCUUAUAAUGAUUCAGUGAACCGUAGUACCGGGAAAACUCCAUUUCAAAUUGUUUAUGGUGUUCAUCCUCGUGGCAUUUUGGAGUUACGGGAUGUUACUUGUUUAGAAAAGCCUAGUGCUUUGGCUGACGAUUUUGUUAAUAUUAUGAAGGAUAUCCAGGAUCAGGUUAAGGACAAGCUUCAACAUUCUAAUUUCAAAUAUAAAACUCAUGCAGAUAAAAGGAGGAAAGAUGUCACAUUCAAUGUUGGGGAUUUGGUUAUGGUCCAUUUGAGGAAAGAGAGAUUGCCUAAAGGACACCACACUAAACUCGUAGCAAAGAAGAUUGGUCCUUUUAAAAUAUUGAAAAAAUGUGGUUCUAAUGCUUAUCAUGUUGACCUUCCAGCAGAUAUUCAUUUAUCUCCUAUAUUUAAUGUUGCUGAUUUAUAUGCCUAUAAAGGUGCUGUUCCUCUUGAUCUGAAUGCAGGUGUUACUGAUUCCAUUGUUGAUGCACAACUUCCAGCUCUUCCUAGGGUUCCUCCUUUAGAGAUUGAUCAUAUUUUGGACACUCGUGUGGCACGUAAGACCCGGCGUCAUACCUACUAUGAACAUUUGGUGCAGUGGAAAUCCAGACCCGUUGAAGAUGCUUCAUGGCUGUCUACUGACGCUAUUGAGAAGUUGGGUUUUUCUGUUCCAGCAGUCCCAACUCAAGGGACUUGA